UCUCCUCCUCCGCCGCCCGGCACCAUGAUUAGCACGUCCGAGGCUGUGGGCCGCAGGAGGCCGUCGGCGGCCCGGCGGAGCGAGCGCUGGAUCGCCUGGUGUCAGGCGGCGCUACUCGGCGUGACGGCGCUGGUCAUCGCGGCCGAGAGGAGCGCUCUCAUCUACUGUAUAGGCUUUUACCUUUGGAAUGAUGAGACACGCUGGGCCGGUUUCACGCUCGGGCUCUUCCUUCCGGGUACCGCAGUCCAGCUGCUGAGCGUCAAAUGGUACUAUGACGAUGGUGACGAUAGGAGGUGGUACCUCUCCACCAUACAUAUUCUUCACUUGGGCAUCUUCAAACGGCUGUGGGACUGCAUGAGGUACGUGUCACGCAUGUACGGCUCGGUGGCGGAGCUCGGCGCUGUCGUCAUGCUGCAGGCGGACGUCGCUGCCCUUUGGCUCUUGGAGGCUCUGGUGCUCAGCCUGCCCCAGAGCCUCCUGCAAGCGUAUAUCGUCGUGUCCACCGACGUGGGUAUCAUGUCCCCGGUGGCCUACAGCUGUGGUCUUUGCGUGCUGUCCGUUUCCUGGGCCCUGGUGUUGUACAGCCGCGCCUGCUGUCUCAUCCGGCCGGGCCAUCUCGCCAUGCCUCCGGCGGCUUUGCUCUGCCAGCUGGUGUGGAGGGCGGGCAUGCUGGGCGCCAGGGUGACUUGCCUCAUGUUCUUCGCCAGGGUGUUCAACUGGUGGGUCUGCGGUGUGGCAGGUUUUCACUGGCUGACUGCCUCCUUCUGGCUGGUAUCACAGCAACCAGACAUCUGCACCGGGCCCUGGUGUUGGCGUGCCUUCAACGGUCUCCUGGGGCUAGUCCACGUCUUCCUCUUUCUCAACGUUAAAGACGGACCGUCGCGCUUCCGCAUGGCCAGCUUUUAUACAUUCAUGCUCAUUGAGAACACCACAUUGUUGCUGGCUGCCUCCGAUUUACUUAGCGAAGCAUCGUGGGACAACAUGACCCUCCCCAUCACUGUCCUGUGCAGCUUUACCCUGGGCGCUACCUCCCUGGUUGUCUACUACCGGUUCCUUCAUCCCAAGUCAACAGAGAUAGCCCAGGGUCUCCACCACAACCACAUGGGUAGCACGUGCAUCGAACGAGGGGAGUCGUCCUUCUCUCUCGGGGACAAAAGUCUUCCGGUUGGCGGCGAGCAAAACCAUGGCAGCUUCUCUCUCUCCGGAGUGGCCGGUUCACUGCUGGAGCAUCCGAGCACAUGCGGAGGCAGGCCCAACAGCUCCUGUCCCUGUUACCACCAUCACUGGCUUCUCAUCCGACUGGCCCUCAAAACGGGCGACUUGGGUAAGAUCAACCGGGCGUACGGGGCGGGUGGAGCGGCAGCCAUCUUGGACCUGGAGGAGUACAACCAGGAGUUUAAGAGUAGCGAAGGCAUCCCCUGCUCGACAGAGGGCAACUGCGAGGGCGUCUCGACGUCCGAGUCUCAGGGGCCGGGCUUGGCGCCGCUGUCGGACUGUAAGGACGAGUUCCAGACUGUGAGUGAACCCACCUCCUUUGAACAAGCAGAGGAUGACAGUCUGGAGAUGGAGAGUCCGCUGGAGUCGCCCGCGUCGGAUUUCAAGCGCAGCUCGCCUGAGGGCAAGUCUGUAUUUGGAGACAGUCCGGAGCCAUAUUUCUGCCCCACGGAGUCCAGUUCCACCUUGUACUUCAGUGCUGAUCCCCAAUCACCCAGCAGCGCCAGUAACCCUCAUUUGGACCGGGAUGCUGGGGGUUUGGAACAGGGGGCGCGUCUCAAUUCCGUUCCAAGCGAUCCGGCUCUUCAUAGGGACAUCCGAGGGCUGAUUGGCCGUAUUGGGCCACGCUACACCUCCACCCCAAAACUGGACUCGGGAGUGCUGGACUCUCCCUCAGGUGUCCCUCACCUCACCGGGCCCAGAAGGCAGCUCAUAAUGUCCCAAAGGGACAACGAUGAACAUUUCUGACUGAUUCAGGGAUCGGGUGAAUCCAAGCUAGUGAAUCCAUGACUAUAUUUUUAGCUUCUCUGUUUUAAAGUGACAGGACAUACCUCAAAUUGAGCAAUGUGAGGCGAGCAUACAGUGUAUAAAAAGCUAUUACCGUCAAAGACGUAGCAAUAUAUUGCACAAGUGCUAAAUUUACACUCGGAGCCAUUUGAUGGUCUUUUAAUGCUAUUAGUAAUAAUAAGCUAAUUGGCUAAUAAGCUACUGACGCACAUUCAACAAACCUCGAAGCUGUAAUCAUUUAUCAACAAACAUAUUCCCUCAAAUUUGUUUGACGCCCCGCACCAAUUAAUCCCCGGGUGCAUCACUGUAUUAGAUUGUAUAGCAAUUAACACAUGUAGCCUUUACAUUACAAAGUCAAAGUUUGUAACCUGAGUGAUAAAUCAUAUGAUUACAUUGUAGAAUUUAUGAAGAUAGGCUACACCCAUGAUGUACGUAAAUACCAGACAAACUUCAUCGGUUGGUGUGGACAACCUGCACCAUAUUUGUUUAAAAAAAUCUGCCUCAAUAUACUGUAUGUAUUUUGGGCAUUUACUGCAAACAUAUCAAUUUGCUGUGCUUUGAGCUGAAUGGAUUGAUGUGUUGAUUGAUAAUAUCUGAACUGUGAAUUUCAUAGCCACCUGUGGCUUUAAAUAAGCAAUAAAAUGCAGACAUAUUGAAAUAAAGUUGUUUUAAACUGUGA